AAUGAAAAUUCCCUUUUACACCCUAUUAGGUCCUCUGAUUGAAAAAAACAAGCACCCACUGAUUACAAUUUGUUCACACCCAUUACUAUCGUUUUCGCAAUUUCAUGUGGCAAUAUUAGGAAUAGCAGGAAUGAUUUUAAGCGUAUUCGAUACAUGGAGAAUCAUAAGGUGCGGACACAUUUUGCCAGAUUAUUUGCACAAAGAGGGAUUGAAAAAAGGCAAAAUAAUUAGUGCUGAAGCGGAAAGAGAUUGCAAAUUAAUUUCGUUAGUGCUUAGUACUGAAUAUUACUUUUUUCUGUUAGUAGGACUAGCUACGAACAACCCAGUCUUCUAUAUGCCUUUUUUAGUUCUCAACGCCUUGAUAAUACUUUCCGAACCGGCAAUAUUCCUCACCGAAAUGGCAAUUGGAGGUUUCAACCUAAAAAAACGCACCCUCGUAAACCUGAUAAUAAUUUACAAUUGGUUAAAUGUUGCUUGCUCUUUCGCCAAAUCCCUGUCUCAUUGUGAUUUGUAACAAAUAAAAACAAUUGAUAGAUCCCGAAGAUUUACACAAUUCAUUUUGGAGACGUUCUAAAAACAAAAACUAAAUAAAAAAUUAUUGAGGAAAAUAUUUUAGGACUUGUUGAUAUGGAGGAAGAAUCAAGAAUCUAAAAUAUAUUAUGUAUAUUUGAAAAUACUCCACUACAACCUAUUGACUAAAGUGGUGAUUCGGAAAUUUUCCUGUAACAAAAACACGUUGUUGUCCUCCCUCAAACGUGCGGCUCUGCUUCUAUCGAGCAAACUUUCGUUUCUGGCCAGAACCUUUUUGGACUUCUCGGGGGCGAUUCUGAUACCUAA